UUUAAAUUAACAGAGAAACCAAAUGAAAGAAGGGUAAGCCCGUGGCUGUGAAUGUUCAAAUUGAAUUGAUUCAAAGAAGCAAAGGAGAAGAAAGAAAGAAAGAAAAAGAAAAUGGAAGCAGUGGCCGAGGGACUAUGGGGAUUGGCUGAUUACGAGGAGCAGAAGGGGGAGAUAGGCAAGGCAGUUAAGUGCCUUGAAGCUAUUUGCCAAACCCAGGUCUCUUUCUUGCCAAUCAUCGAAGUCAAAACCCGUCUUCGCAUUGCUACUCUUCUUCUCAAACACUCUCACAACGUCAACGAGGCCAAAUCCCACCUGGAGCGAGCCCAAUUACUUCUCAAAUCCAUCCCUUCCUGCUUCGAAUUGAAGUGCCGUACUUACAGCUUGUUGAGUCAGUGUUAUCAUCUGGUGGGUGCGAUUCCUCCGCAGAAACAGAUUCUCCAUAAGGGCCUCGAGCUCAUUGCUUCUACUGCUCCUGAGGUAACAGUUAAAUUAUGGUCCUGUAACUUCAGUUCCCAGCUGGCCAAUGCAUUGAUAAUCGAAGGGGAUUAUCAUUCUGCUAUUUCUGCUUUGGAAUCUGGUUAUGAUUGUGCUGCACAAAUUUGUUAUCCGGAAUUACAGAUGUUCUUUGCAACUUCUGUUCUACAUGUGCACCUCAUGCAAUGGUGUGAUGAUAAUUUAGUUCAGUCUGCUCUUAAUAGAUGUGAUGUGCUUUGGGAUUCCUUGGGCUCUGAAAGAAGAGAACAAUGCUUAGGUUUGCUCUUUUACAACGAACUCCUUCACAUAUUCUAUCAACUCCGCAUCUGUGAUUUCAAGAAUGCUACCCAACAUGUCGACAAGUUGGAUGCUGCUAUGAAGGCUGACAUACAGAAUAUGCGUGAAAUACAGCGCCUAAAAAAUGAACUUAGUGCCCUAAAUCAAAGUCUUUCCAGGCCUGACUUGCCCAACAGAGAUAGGUCAUUACUUUCUUUGAAGCAUUCUCAAAUUCAACAGAAACUGACAAGUAUGUCUAAAACCACAUCAUUUGCUGAACAAUCUCUGGAGCCUGCAUACUUUGGAAAUGCAAGGCGGGCAUCAGAAGAUAAGCUAGUGCUGGCACCACCUCCAAUUGAUGGGGAGUGGCUACCAAAGAGUGCUGUCUAUGCUUUGGUUGAUCUUAUGUCAGUCAUAUUUGGCCGUCCACGGGGACUUUUUAAGGAGUGUGCCAAGCGGAUUCAAUCUGGAAUGCAAACCAUUCAAGUGGAGCUGGUAAAGCUUGGAAUAACUGAUGGUGUUAGAGAAGUGGAUCUGCGGCACUCUGCCAUUUGGAUGGCUGGCGUCUACUUAAUGCUAUUAAUGCAGUUUCUUGAAAACAAAGUGGCAAUGGAGCUCACACGGUCUGAAUUUGUUGAAGCACAAGAGGCACUAGUGCAAAUGAAAGAUUGGUUCAUUCGCUUUCCAACAAUUCUCCAGGCCUGUGAGAGUGUCAUUGAGAUGCUCAGGGGCCAAUAUGCUCAUUCUGUUGGCUGUUAUAGUGAAGCGGCUUUUCACUAUAUUGAAGCAGCAAAACUAACAGAGAGCAAAUCAGUGCAAGCUAUGUGCCAAGUUUAUGCGGCCGUCUCUUAUUUCUGCAUUGGUGAUGCUGAAUCACUCUCACAGGCACUUGAUUUGAUUGGACCAAUUUACAGAAUGAAGGAUUCUUUUGUUGGAGUUCGAGAGCAAGCCAGUGUCCUUUUUGCUUAUGGCCUUUUAUUAAUGAGGCAGGACGAGUAUGAAGAAGCACGAGCUCGGCUAGCCAAGGGAUUGCAGAUUGCACAUAAUAGCAUGGGGAACCUUCAACUUAUUGCACAAUAUUUAACAAUACUUGGGCAUCUGGCACUUGCCCUGCAUGAUACUGUACAAGCCAGAGAGAUUUUGAGAUCCUCCCUUACAUUGGCAAAGAAGCUUUAUGAUAUCCCAACUCAGAUAUGGGUGCUAUCUGUUCUGACAGAUUUAUACCGAGGGUUAGGUGAGGUUGGAAAUGAAAUGGAGAAUGAGGAAUAUCGAAAGAAAAAGUCUGAUGAACUGCAACAGAAACUUUCAGAUGCACAUUCAUCCAUUCAUCACAUUGAACUGAUUGAAAAAGUUAAACUUGAAGUUAAGCAAUUUCAGGAGUUUGACAUGAAGCGUGCCAUGGCAAACCAGUCCAUGAGAGUCAAUCUAGACAUUCCGGAAUCUGUUGGUUUAUCUACUCCAUUACCAAAUUCUUCAUCAUCGAGACUUCUGGAUUUGGAUAAUAGAAGACGUGGGAAGAGAAGAAUUUAGUUUUUGAGUUUUAGGCGUCUGUACAUAGAUGUACUUUUGUUGGUAAUAUAACAGAUGGAUACUUGAAGCUUAGACAACGUCAAGGUGAGCACUGUAAACUAGAAGGACCAAUAAGAUUUUUAGGCAUUUCCAGCAAGAUACUAAAUCCCUUCACUGUUGUUAUUGUCACACUCAAAAGUCUUUGUUUAGGGAUUGGCAACAAUUCAAAGCUUUAAUCUGUUUAUGUUAGUGCAAGCAUAUUCUUUGAAUGUAUGGAUAACUUUGGAAUCGAUGGGCAAGUUUGAUGUGUGAUUAUUUAGUGGAAA